UCGUGGCUGACGUCACAGUCAGUUAAACCGCAGUUUUUUGGGACCGGGGUAGUCACGAAGCAAGAGGACACAUUCCUUUGCGCCGGGGAGCAGGCACGCCCCUCCAAGCCCCGCUGCUUUAUAACGGGACUGGGCCGGGCAGAGGGAGACAACACAAUUGUAACUCUGAACUCCAAGUGGACGCAACUGUUCCCGUCAAAUAUGUACUGGGAUACCAUCCUGAAAUCCAACGAGAGAAACAUAGACACAAAAGACUCUAAAAUAAAGGUAGGAUUUUGCCUCCUGCGAUUUUAAGUUUGUUUAUGUAUGCAGUCUGCACGAACAUUUAGAAUGCAUUAUAUUAUAUUUACAUUUUCAGAGACCAUUUUAAAGAAAUCAACCAAAGAUGUAUAAUUGUAUGAAAAAGAUGUUCCACAAUAAAAUGGUUAUGACAUAUGUAUUCCAAUUUUUCCAAACAGAUGGAAAUGUACCAAGCUGGAUAUUAUAUGGAAGACUUCAGGACACAGGAAGUCCCUGCUGGUUUUGACUUUGCAUCAUAUGGUAAGUCAUGUUCUCAUUGGAUAACUUAUUGAUUAACACUGGUCAAUGUAUCAGUUCAGAUUUAACUUCACCCCAAACCAAAUAACUGCCACCAUCGCCACUUGAAUUAUGAUUAAUCAUCAACUUUAUUCGUUAUUUUUUAAUUUUUUUAUUUUACCUUUAUUUAACUAGGCAAGUCAGUUAAGAACAAAUUCUUAUUUACAAUGACGGCCUACACCGGCCAAACCCGGACGACGCUGGGCCAAUUGUGUGCCGCCCUAUGGGACUCCCAAUCACGGCCAGUUGUGAUACAGCAUGGAAUCGAACCAGGGGGUCUGUAGUGAUGCCUCAAGCACUGAGAUACAGUGCCUUAGACACUCUGAAAAUAACUCUGAGUAUCCACAUUUUUCUAUGAUAAGAUUUUGAGCUAUGUUUCCUGUAGCUCUGUGUAGUAGUUGAAGGACAAAGGAAAUGUUUUGCAGAGUUAGUAUCUCGUCAGCCCUGUCAGGAAACUCAAAAUGAGACCUUGACAUCUGCUUCUUCUACCCAACCGAGGGCUGCGUCAGGAAAAGGGGUGCUGGGGUGUUUGUCCAUACACUGUUUGUAGGAAUGUCAGUCUGACUGAGGGAGGUAGAGCGAGACGGAGUGGUCGGGUUAAAGACCCUCCCUCUCUCUUUCCCUAAUCCUUUCCUCCAGACUUCCUUCUCCAACAGAUUUAGAGCCCCUCUCCUCCCCCUUCAUCACUACUCUGUCACACUCCCUCCUCUGGCGUUUCCUCCUCUUUCCCUCUGUUUCCCCUUCUCCCUCCAUUCAACUAAAAUGGGUACGGUUGAGAUUUUGUUCUGGGUGCUGCAGAAUAGUUGUUGAAUAGAUAUAUUAAUGUAUCAUUAUUACUAUUAUUAAACAUAAAUAAGAAUGAUGAGUAAUAGUAGUAGACCGUAACAUAUUAUCGCUUCUAUAAUAGCAGUUAGACAGUCUUUAGAGAUAAGCUUGUAACCCCUUCGUAUCAUUAAAACCUAUUACAUUCUAAACGUAUUGUAUUUCUAUUCCAUUUUGAGUUCUAUUUAGAUCUUUCUGCCUUUUGACUCAUCCCUAUCAUUCUCUUCUAUCUCUGUGACCUCCAGACUACAGUGAUGAAGACCUGUCUUUUCUAUUAGACGGUAAAAGACCUGGGCAGCAGCAGCAGUAUCCAGAGAGUUACGGAGAGCCGCAGAAGAAUCCACGUCCGUACGACAACAAAGGUACACAUAUAAAGACUGUUAUAAAGACUCUUUAACAACCACUUUAUUAGACCACUCUGAUAAGCAUUCUGGGGGAAAAAAUCACUAUAUAGGCCUGUCAAUGACCAUUGACUAACUUCCAAUGUUGCUCACGUGUAUUUAUUUUUGACGUCUUUCAUUCUUUUUUACAGUAACCUCCAGUGACUCUGUCCUGUUCAACCUGGAUUCAUACCCAGAGUUUAACUGUUGGGCGUCAUACCCAAGUGGUGCGUGUCAGUCGCCUAUUCUCCAAUCCAUAUGUUUCUAUCAUUUUGAGAAUGAUUCUAUUAUCAACACCUGUUGUAGUAUUAGAAAUGAAUGAAUAUUGAUCAUGAUUGUUAAUUCCAUUUUUUUCGCCUCUAUCUAUUAUUAGAUGGGCUGACUUUGGACCAGUCUCAAGUGGGGUUCCAGGAUUCCACCCAGACUUACCACAGUCUUGUACCCCUGUGUUCCCCAGCCCAGAGUGGACAGUUCAGCCCAGGCAUGGAGGAUGCCAGCACCAGCAACUCCUUCCUCGCUGGAAAAGGAACGAGCCACAGAGGGACCCCCAGCACUGUCAGCCUGGACCACCUCGGUAGGAAGAACCACACAUUUGAGACAUAAUGCAAAAAAAAUGGAAUUAACCAAUGCAUGACCAUUAGGCCUAUUUGUGUUUAAAAACAUAUUGCCUGUUUUUUUUGUAGGCUGUGUAACGUCUAAUUCAUAUACUUUUUCAAGCUGUUUGUUAUAACCAGCUCUCCUUCGUUUAUUUAAUUUAUAAAAAGAACCACACAGAGAAAUCCAUAGGCUAUGAUUACUUGGAUAAUAUAUGCAAUGUCUAACUCCUCCUCCUCUUCCAUAGGUGAAGCUGAGCAAAGCCACUCAGGUGGAAAACUGUACGACUCAGAAGCACAGAAGAGGUCCUCCUCCUUCUGGCCGGACUACCCCUCUCCCAGCUAUGGCGCACCCCUGCCGCCUCCUCACCACCCUCCAUCUUGUUCCUCAAUCCCUGGACCACAGCAGCCCUCAGAGCAGUACUGCCACCGUGUGGCCAAACGCAAAAGUACACACUCCCAAAGACCCGAGAGGGAAGGAGGACAAGUGAUGGGAAUGUCAGCUUAUCCAGGUGAGACUAGUCUCUUAUCAUGACUUAUCAUUACUGCUGUUAUACAAGUGUGUGUGAGCAUGGGUAGUGUGUGUAUAUUGGAGCCUGAUUGUGUGUUUGCUCUAGAAUGUGCUUUUGUCAUUACUGUGUCUUCUUUUAAAUAGAAACAAGUUCAUAGUAUAUCUUAGAGUAGCAGGCAAAAAAUAAUAAUAUUUUGAUGCGUCUUUUCUCUCUAUUCAGGAUCAGGGCCCAUCCAAUUGUGGCAGUUCUUACUGGAGCUGCUUUUAGACUCCGCCUGCUGUACCUUCAUCUGCUGGACAGGAGACGGCUGGGAGUUCAAGAUGUCAGACCCAGCAGAGGUGAGUUUCUCUACUGAUUGUGAGAGAUUGUAACCACUCAUAGUAGGAGUUGGAAACCAGCAUAGGAUUGAGCAAUGGAAAUAUGCUGUCAGGUGUUUGUGGUUAUUUUUUAACAACCACCCCCUUUGUGUUUGAUCCAGGUGGCCAAGCGUUGGGGCCAGUGUAAGAACAAGCCCAAGAUGAACUACGAGAAGCUGAGCCGCGGCCUGCGUUACUACUACCACAAGAACAUCAUCCACAAAACGACGGGCAAGCGCUACGUCUACCGCUUCGUCUGUGAUGUGCAGGGGAUGCUGGGAAAGACGGCACAGGAGGUCCUGGUCGGUCUGAACAUUUUACCCACGGAUAUAGAGUCAUCCUAG